UCCUGGUGUCCGGCGCGCGGUGGCACGGGCUGCCCCUCUAUGCCAUGAAUGACGUCCUCAGCUUGGCGGGCGAUGUCGUCCGGCUCCUCUCGGCGUUCUGCGGGGUGCGGCGCGACUUCAGUCUUGACAUUCUCGGAGGGUGUUCAUAUCCAUUGCGGGAGUGGGUGCAUAGCUAAUGGUCAUCUGCUGGUUCUUCAUCCGGGCAACGGUGCAAGAAAUGGGAGUUCCUGUUUCUGGGGCGUCGUCGUCCAUAUGCUCUCCCGAUGUUUCGUCCUCCGGCUCUUGGGCUGCCAACGGAUCUUCCACUAGAAUGCAGCUCUCCUCCACCUGCGUCGAAGAUAAAUCAUCCAGUACAUUGGGAUGGGAAUCGGCGGAUGCGGUGCCAGAUGCGGGUGGCGGUGAACAAUCGGGUGAGAUGUCUUCAGUGUCUGACAGACUUGGAUUGACUGGGUCGUUUCCUGCCAUGGUUUGCGAAAAAAUAACGCGACGAAAAGGUGUAGUGAAUGAGAAACGUGAAAUGCCGCAACAGCUGACAGACAUCAGGCAAGUGGUCGUUGGACAAGCCAAUUCAUUAGCAACAACUGCUUUAUAA